ACUCUCUCUCCUCCAGACUGCAUGCAGUUUGGUAUUAAAAUGUUCAGUACAACCGACCAUUGUGUUGUGACACAUUUGAGAUGAUAGAUGCACGUUCAGCUAUUUUAACGAAUCACAACACCAGAUUGAUAACCGGGACUGACGGCGCUCGCGGCAAACAACGUUGCAGCUGUUAAUUCGGAAGGUUGUAUCCCCAAAAAAAGUGCAGAGCUCCAGUCGGCAGGACCAGCUAGCUCGCGUUAGUCAAGUCGGACGGCGGCGAGGCCCCAACCGGACGGCAACACGGGGGAACCAUGGCCAACAUCGCAGUUCAGAGGAUAAAACGGGAAUUCAAGGAAGUGCUCAAGAGUGAAGAGGAGGUAGAUAUCAACUAGAAAUUAAAAUUCCAGAGACGUAUCCAUUCAAUCCACCAAAGGUGCGGUUUAUCACGAAGAUCUGGCAUCCCAACAUCAGCUCAGUCACAGGUGCAAUAUGUCUUGACAUUCUCAAAGACCAAUGGGCAGCAGCUAUGACACUGAGGACAGUCCUCCUGUCGCUACAAGCCUUAUUGGCAGCUGCAGAACCAGAUGAUCCACAAGAUGCGGUGGUAGCUAAUCAGUACAAGCAGAACCCAGAGAUGUUCAAACAGACAGCGAGGCUCUGGUCUCAUGUCUAUGCAGGCGCUCCCGUCUCAAGUCUGGAGUACACACGCAAAAUAAACAAACUCUGUGCCAUGGGCUUUGAAAAAAAUGCAGUAAUAGUGGCGUUGUCGUCGAAAUCCUGGGACGUGGAGACAGCAACAGAGCUACUGCUCAGUAACUGAAUAUUGACACCCUCUUUAUCUUCUUGACCCCCCCCCCCCCCCCCCCCACACACACACACACACACACAUGCAUACAUGUACACCCUCUCUCUUCUGAAUUCCUGCUGUCUCAAGGCGUCUUUUCCCCAGUUGCACCCCCACCAUGGCAUCACUCUCCCUGACAUUCACCUCUGCUGUACUACACUCCAAUCAGUCGCUCUGUGAGCUCUUACCUCUGGUUUCUUUAAGUUAAUUCAACAUUCCACUCAUUGCUACAAUCAAAACUUCAACCACACCCCCUUGUGAAGCAAAUGUCAGACUUAAGACCCGCUCUCGCCCGCCACUCUCCCAGCUUUUCUGGUUGUUUCCAAGAAGCGGCUGUCAGCGGCUUAUCCUUGCCUAUGCAGUGCAUUUACUUUCAUUCGGGAAAACCUUUUGUAGGAGCAAGUCAAGCAUUUCAAGGAGGCUCUUUUGGAUCAUGAUUUUUACAGUUUUCAAGACUGUUUUCUAAACGGGGAUUGAGCCCAGUCCUAGAGAAAUUUUUAAAUUGGUAUCUUUUUUUGUCAUUCUAUUACGCGGUAUCAAAUAUCACUUGAUCUCAAUCACAAUCAACAUUUUGAGGGUACUCUAAAUUGACUAAUAAAACAUUUUGGGAUCCUUCUGAAUGAUUAUCUUGUGCCAUUACUGGGAGUUUUUGAGGGCACUAUAAUCUUUUCAGGUAAAAUGUGGACAUUCAAAUAAAUUUGGUCAAGUUAAAAUAGUACACUGGGAAGCAAACAUGGAGUUAUACAGUGUCGGGAGAGGCUUAUUCCCUGUUCUGGAACCAGCUCGUUAAGUGUCACCGAGGUGUUCACAUAGUAGCCAUACUCAUUUUCAUGCCAUGUUUUCCCACUUCAACUGUCUGACAAACACAAAGCCCUCGCGGCAAACUCCAGCUCCAAUCCCCACACCUGCUCUUGACAUGGCUUACUUCACCUGUCCCUUUCCCCCACAUUUUUUUUAAUUUGUAUUUUGCGUUUGGCCUCCUGCAGGAACAUUUGGAUUCUUGUUUUUAAACUGAAAGAAAAAAACAAAGAAAAACAUGUUCUGAAGUAAUACGACCUGUCAUCAGUCUGGAUGGAAAGAUAUUUCAAAAUGAGUUUGAAAAAUAUUGCAUCAUCUUAACUACGCCAACAGAUAAAUAUGUCAAAAAUGAUUAAUCUGUAAAUAAAGAUAUUAAAGUCUGUGUAAAUUAAA